AUGAAUGCUUGUGGCGGCUUGGGCUUGGACCGGAGAGGCUACAUCCAAGCGAUGAAGUCGUGCCGGAGCUUGUCAGUGGCGGAGAGCAUUCAUUCCCAGGUCCAGCACCUUCUCCAUGCCGACGUGCAAAUGUCCAACAUGCUGCUUCACAUGUAUGCCAACUGCGGGAGCGUGGAGCGUGCGCGCGCCGUGUUCGAUGGGAUCGCGCCCUGGGCCAGGAAUCUCUUCUCCUGGGUGCUCAUGCUGUCCGCGUAUGCCCGAAGUGGGCAUACACGCCAGGCGCGCCAGGUGUUUGAAGCCAUGCCCGAGCACGACCUCGUGUCCUGGACAAGCAUCCUGGAUGCUUACGGCCGGGAGGGGAUGCUGGGCGAAGCAUGGCAAGUGUUUUGCAGCAUGCGCCAGAGGGACCUCGUCUCCUGGGCAGCGAUGCUGGCGGCCUUUGUAGCAAAUGGGAGGCUCGAUUGCGCCAAGCGUAUCUUUGACGCGAUGCCGGAGAGGAACCUCGUGUCGUGGACAUCUAUGCUGUCAGCGUAUGCUCAAAGGCGGCAUCUGUACAAGGCCAAGCGAAUGUUUGAUGGGAUGCCCGAGAGGGACUUGGUGUGCUGGACGGCGAUGCUGGUGGCCUAUGCACAAAACGCAGUCGUUGAGCAGGCCAAAGCCGUGUUUGAUGCAAUGCCGGAAUGGGAGCUAGUGUGCUGGAACGCAAUGCUGGCGGCGAAUGCUCAAAACGGGCGUGUGAGCGACGCAGUGGCCCUGUUCGCCUCCAUGCCUGAAAAGAACCUGUGCUCUUGGAACACACGCCUGUCCCUGGAAGCGGACAGUGGUAGCAUGGAUCGGGCCAAGCAACUGUUCUUGCAUGAGAUGCCUGAGUGGAACGUGGUGACCAUGAACGCGAUGGUUACGGCGUAUGGUCAGAACGGGCACCUUGUCGAGGCUCGGCGCAAAGCUCGUGUUUGA